AUGGCCCUUGCGAGUUCCCUGCACGCCGCCGACUGCGUGUCUUCCCUCUUCCACCGCGCUCUUUGCUACGCAAUUGGCGCAACUCUUCCCUCAACUGCCCUGACCAGCUUUCCAAUACCUUUGAACCGUGCUGAGAACCUUCGUCUUUCCAGCUCGCCGAACGCGAAUCGAAGAAAUCACAUCUUGCGCGCAGUCGCUCAACAGUCACAGUUCUACCCAGAACUCAUUCAAUCGGCUCAAGACGCCAUGGCCGGCACCAGGGCUCCCUCUGGCAGCUUGCGCAAUCAUGCUUCGACCGCCAGCAAGGCGUCCAAGGGCAGCGUGUUCGGUGCUCAACCAUCUGCGCCUCAGCUGAAGCCGGGCACAUUCAUUGGCGACAGUUCCGACAGCGACAGCGACAGCUCCAGUGACAGUGACAGCGGAAGCUCCAGCAGCGGCUCCGACUCAGGCGGCAACGGCAGGAAGACCGUUGGGCAGACGCCUCUGUCACAGAAGAAGGCAGAUGUCGCAAAGGCAACACCUGCAAAGAGCCCGACCGUCAAUGGCCUCAAGGCAUCGAUCAAGAAGGAGCAAACAAAUCAAAAGAUCAAGAAGGAAGUCACAAGCUCUUCAGCAUCGUCUGAGAGCGGCAGUGACAGCGGCAGUGAGAGUAGCAGCGGCAGCGAGAGCGACAGCGAGAGCGCGUCCAGCAGCGAGGAGAAACCUACCAAGACGCGCGCAAAAGGCGAGGAAGUCAAGAACAGCACCAAGACAAAGCCGAAGCCCGCUGCAGCCGAAGAGUCGGAGAGCUCUAGUGACAGUGACAGUGUGAGCGACAAGGCGACGAAAUUCACGGCCAAGUCCGACAAGAAGCAGGCAGCACCACCAAAACCCAAGACGAAGCCCGUCAAGCAGGACACUUCGUCCGAGUCCGAGUCCGAAUCCGAGUCUGAGUCUGAGUCGCGAUCCAGCUCACAAGAAAGCUCAGCUGAAAGUGAGAGUGAGAGUGGCGAAGAGAGCGAGGACCCUGAGGCUCAGAUCCAGCAGCAAAUCAAGAACGACCUCAAGUCGGCAAAAGCCACGACGGCUCGAAGCUCUGCCUCAUCUUCUAAAGUUGAGCCUAGCAACAAGAAGGCCAAGGUCUCUAAGCCAUCUGUUCUCCAAGACGGUGACGGUGAUAUCGAAAUGUUGGACCAGUCGACUGCUCUGACGAAUGGUGGCGUUCCCACUAAGGUCGGCUCUGUCCCUGAGUUUGUGGCACCUGACUUCCACUUGCGCAAGAUUGAUGGCAGCAUUGGCGCUUCUGAUGUUGCUAGUUUCUUUGAGAAGGCUAAGUUGGAGGGCAAGCAAGUCUGGUACAUCACUGCGCCGGCUUCCCUCCCCGUUACCGUUGUGCAAGACUUGACCAUCCCCAUGGAUCAAGCACAGAAGGGGCUGCCUGUCCUCACCCACGACGGAGACGACUACCGUAUAGCUUUCGAUAAUCCUUCAGCCUCCUCGUCAUUCAGACUUCUCAUCCCGAACAAGAAGGGACAGGAGUACUCAGAGCUUGGGCGGCCUGUCAACCAGACGAUGCAUUUCACUCGCAGCGAGACAUUCCCACCUGAGGGCACCGCUAGCGUUACCACAACCCAGACAGUUUCCAAAACCACGAGACCAGCUCGGCCUCAACCGGAAGGACUUCGUGCUAGAUACACUCCUCUGGGCGUGCCGGCCUCGAAACAACCAUUACCCGCCAUUGCCAGCCCAGAGAAGAAUAAGUCUGUUGCAAACGUUGCGGCCCAAGAGGCAGCGACGAUCAGCACCCCCAGAUCGAGCUCCAGGAAGAAGCGAAAGCAUGACGGUGAGAACGGGCCUGCGGCAACCCCUGCCCACAAGGACUCCAGCAAGAGUGCCAGCGCUGAGAAGUCCGCAAAGAAACAGAAGACCAACAGAGACCAUGAGCAUGUUACCGACGGACAGGCUAGCCAAAAGGAGACUCCAGUGCCUCUACCUCCCCACUUCAAUGCUAGCUCCAACCCCAGCACCAACCUGUCCAGCCCGAGAGCUGGCUCAGCGGCACCCUCGGCGACGCAACCUGGUCCUGUCUCCAGGAGAUCUGCCUCCCCAGGUGCUCGCCUGCCGUCCACACAGCUUUCGGCCAAGCAGACACCAGUUCCCAUCCCGGUGCCAAUCAAGUUGAGCAGCGCUUCAAGCCUCCCUGAUAUGAAGGCCUCGGAGGGAAAAGAGCGGAAAGAGAAGAAAAAGAGCAAGGCAAACUUGCCCAGCGUGGACAAGGUUGCUGCGAGAUUUGGCGAGAUGGCUGCGGCGAGAUCCACUGAGAAAUCUGAGAAGUCCCCUGAGAAGCGUCCAAGAACUCCCAAGAAGAAUACGCCUAUCUUGCCUCCUCGUCAUGACAGCAAGGGGAGGCCAACCCCCUGA